AUGGAAGGGGCGCAGGCUGGCCUGGUGAGGUGUGUGCCAAAGCCAGGCCCAGGCCGGAGCCUCCAGCUGCCUGGGCCCCAGACCAGCAGCUGCUGGCUGCACAGACCCAGGCAGGCUGCGGAAGGACGUCGAGGGCUGGGGCGCAGAAGUCCCCGACCUCACGUGGACUCUCCGGUCAGCCGCCGUGACCACCCCAAGACGCCCGUGGCCGCUGUGUGGGGCUCAUGUGGCCGGAUGGUAGGGCUGGGACGGGUGUGGGGCCAGCUCUUGAAGCGCCCCGAGACGGCCGCGUGCGCCCUAGGCCUCUCGCCUUGCCGGGACCGGGGCGCCCUAGAGGUUCCGGAGCAAAAAAGAGUCCUGCAGCGCUGGAGCAUCUUUCCCGUUUCAGUCCAGGGCCCAGACCUCCGGGACCGGCCGCAGUCGUCCAGCGCCAAGGAGAUGUGGCUGCUGGUGGCCCUCCUGGCCCUAGCGCUCGCCUACUUCGCGCUGCUGGACGGCUGGUACCUGGUGCGCGUGCCGUGCGCCGUGCUGCGCGCGCGCCUGCUACAGCCGCCCGUCCGCGACCUACUGGCCGAGCAGUGCUUCGCCGGCCGGGUGCUGCCCUCCGACCUGGACCUGCUCCUGCACAUGAACAACGCGCGCUACCUGCGCGAGGCCGAUGUGGCGCGCACCGCGCACCUGACCCGCUGCGGCGUGCUCGGGGCGCUGCGCGCGCUCGGGGCGCGCGCCGUGCUGGCCGCCUCGUGCGUGCGCUACCGCCGUUCGCUGCGCCUGCUCGAACCCUUCGAGGUGCGCAGCCGCCUGCUGGGCUGGGACGACCGCGCCUUCUACAUGGAGGCGCGCUUCGUCAGCCUGCGCGACGGCUUCGUGUGCGCGCUGCUGCGCUCCCGCCAGCACGUUCUGGGCACCUCGCCCGAGCGCGUCGUCCAGCACCUGUGCAAACGCAAGGUGGACCCUCCGGAGCUGCCGGAGGACCUGCGACACUGGAUUGCCUACAACGAGGCCAGCAGCCAGCUGCUCCGAGCCGAGAGCGGGCUCAGCACUGACGACAAGGACCAGUGA